AUGGAAUACCCUUCUAAAAGUGUUCACUCUCUUGAGAUUAUGAAUUUUGCGCCAGAAAGUGAGACAGAAGAGGCUGAUGGGAUUUUUGUAAGCUCUCUUGCUCCUAUAACUUCAGAAAUUCUCUUUCAAGUAGUUGAUGAAUUUGAGCUAGGACAACCUCAACAUAAAAUAGAGAAUUCCCUAGGUGAAGCUGCCAACAGAAUAAGUUUUAUGGAAAUGCGUUUAAAAAACUCAGCUUUUGCCAGCAAAAAAAUACAGGCUUUGAAAAAUAAUCAAACAAUUAAAAAUUUUGGAGUUUGUUUUGACAAGCUUAAGUUCAGAGCUUCUGAAAUUUCUCAGGAAAUUAGCUGUGGGUUAUGCGGUGGGGUCCUCAGAAAACCUUUUUUACUAUCAGGCUGCUUCCAUAACUGUAAUUUUUAUUUAGUUUGUAAACUCUGUAUUGCCAGGUGGCUUAAAGAGGGCAAUAAAAAAUGUCCUUGUGGUAAAGAUAUAGAAUCAUAUAUCCCGAAUAGGAUUCUUCAGGCAUUUAUUUUUUAUAUACUUUAUAGUUAUCCAAUUGCAUCCCCGAGACUGGACAAAGCAUAUGAGUUAAUAAACAGCCUUUCUACAAUGAAUAUGCAGGAAAGCCAGGAGAGACAAAGAAAAUUAUUCAAUUACAAAAAGACCACAGUGUUCAGAAUUGUGGUUGGAGAACUUAGUUUUGGGUUCGAAACGUCUGGAGAAUUUUGCAUUCAAGACAUAUAUGACUUGAUUUUGAGAAGAACUCCAGUGAAAGGGACUUUUGCGUGUAAAGGGAGAGAGUUGGAUCAUAGUUUAAUGAUCGGUUUUGUAGAUGCUUUUAUUUGGAGAGAGUCAAAUGCUUUGACAUUAAAUUUGGUAUAA